GGUCAAUAAUCAUCCACUCAGAUUGAAGGAGACUGAUUCUGAAAGAUCCAAUCACACUCACAUUCAUACUCUGAUAUGCUGAUCAAUUUACAACUUGGGAUUAAGUGCUGUGCCCAUGGGCACAUCAACAUGUGACAAACCACACAUUUUGGAUUGUAAGACAGUGCUCUGCAGUCCCAGCCAGAACUGUUGAGUUUAUUGUUUCUGAACUAUUUUCCAACCAGAGGUGCUCUGUACUGUGGUUGGAAAGCUUUUUGAUGUUGGCCAUGUUGUUUCUGGUGUGUCUGUUGCUCAGAAAUACAUUGAUAAAUCUCACCUAGAUUAAGCAUUAGCCCUUUUUAUGGCUGUGGCACUGAAAGAAUUAACUCACACAUUAUUUCCAGGUUUCUCUGGCUGUUCAAAAGGCCGUCCUGUUUCACUGGGUGGUGGACGUCAGGUGAGUCUUAGAUAAACAUUUUCAUGUUUAGGUGAUUUAUGUGUUUGACCAAAGCAUUUUUUCAGCAUUACAGAAAGCAGCAAGUUGCUCACAUACAUGAACCGAUGUCUCUGGUUUUCUUCGAACUAAGUCUUGAUCUCAGUAAUAAUUUUCAUUUCUGCUAAAAAUCAAUCCAAACGUGAAAUCUGCAGCUCUGUCCUUCUUUUCCUCAGAACCGGUUCUGCCAUCAAAUCAACAUCCUGCCAUGAAAUCUGAUCGCUGAGAUAAAACAAACACUGGAAUAAUAUUUGAUAUGACAUUGGACUUUGGAAUAACAGUCUUUUAUUAUCUUUGUAUGACAGGUUAUUAAAUAAAAACUCAUGUCUUGAGUCCUGCUGUUUCAUUCAACCUGAUGUGUCAGAUCCAGGCCUUGUUUAUUACUGUUUUGAUCUAUUUUAUCUUUAAUGCCACCUUUACAAGGUGGAAACAGUUCAGAGUUCAUCUCAUGUGGGCAGAGCAGGAAGAGUAAAGUCAGGUAAUAGUUCAUCUGCACUGACUCAUUAAUGAACCUGUAAGCUGUAGAGAAGGACAUACAAUCUGUUAGUCAUAUUUCUUGUUUUGCACAUUGUAGUCUGUUUUUGUUCCAACCUGGACUGACUGAAGAUGAGUCUUUGUAAGGGACAGGACAACAAAACUGUGUCUUCAGCACCCAGCUGCCCGUCGAUGAGGAGUGACCACUCCAACAUUCUCCCUCCGCUGUUCAGUGAUGAACUUGGACCUUCAGACACGAAAGGGAAAAGCAGCAGCCAUGUUCCUGAGGUGGAUGACAUGUCGUGCUGCGCGGUGUGUCAGAACCUCCUGAUGUAUCCAGUGUUGGCCAGCUGCGGACACUGGUUCUGCAGACAGUGCAUGAUCGCAUACUGGGACAAGUCAACUCCAUGCGCCCCCUGUCUCCAGUGUGUAGAACUGUUCACACCCCCUACUGGACCUCAGUCAGCCAAUCAGAGCAGCUCUGGAGAAGGUUUUAGUCUUCAGGAGGAUUUAGACAAACACAGGAACCAACUGAGGAGGAGAUGUAAAUAUAUAACUGAAGGAGCUGAUGAAUUAGGAGCCAGAACUGUCCUCAACAGCAUUUACACCGAGCUCUACAUCACAGAGGGAUGGAGUAAAGAGGUUAAUACCCAACAUGAGGUGAAGCAGCUGGAGAGAGCUUCCAAGAUCCAGAACCUCCAUGACUCUCCAAUCAGGUGCCAUGACAUCUUUAAAUCCUUCCCUGACCAACAUGGAGCCAUCAGAGUGGUUCUGACCAACGGCGUCGCUGGUGUUGGAAAAACCUUCUCAGUGCAGAAGUUCACUCUGGACUGGGCCGAGGGCUUGGAGAAUCAAGAUGUCAGUGUGGUGGUUCUGCUUUCGUUCAGGGAGCUGAACUUGAUCAGAGAUGAGCAGCACAGUCUUCUCUCACUGCUCCAUGUUUUCCAUCCAACACUCCAGAAGCUCCCAGCAGAGCAGCUGGCUAAAUGCAAACUGCUCUUCAUCUUUGAUGGCUUGGAUGAAAGCAGACUUUCACUGGACUUCAACAACAGUCAACUGGUUUCUGACGUCACACAGAAGUCAUCAGUCAACGUUCUGCUGACAAACCUCAUCAAGGGGAACCUGCUUCCCUCGGCUCUUAUCUGGAUAACUACCAGACCUGCAGCGGCCAAUCAGAUCCCUCCUUCAUGUGUUACCAGGGUAACAGAAGUACGAGGCUUCACCGAUGCCCAGAAGGAGGAGUACUUCAGGAGGAGGUUCAGUGAUGAAGAGCUGUCCAGCAGAAUCAUCUCCCACAUCAAGAAAUCAAAAACUCUCCACAUCAUGUGUGGAAUCCCAGUCUUCUGCUGGAUCACUGCUACGGUUCUGGAGAACAUGUUGACCUCAGAGCAGAGAGGAGAGCUGCCCAAGACCAUGACUGACAUGUACUCACACUUCCUGCUGGUCCAGACAAAGAGGAAGAAGAACAAGUACCAUGGAGGACAUGAGACAAGUCCACAGGAGCUGAUGGAGGCUGACAGGGAAGUUCUUCUGAAGCUGGGGAGGCUGGCGUUUGAACAUCUGGAGAAAGGAAACAUCAUGUUCUACCAAGAAGACCUGGAGCAGUGUGGUCUGGACGUCACAGAGGCCUCAGUGUACUCAGGAGUUUGUACAGAGAUCUUCAAAAGAGAGAGUGUGAUCUUCCAGAAACCAGUUUACAGCUUUGUUCACCUGAGCGUCCAGGAGUUUAUGGCUGCAGUUUACAUGCUCCACUGUUUCACCACCAGGAACUCAGAGGUGGUGAAGGACUUCCUGGAUGGUUCACCCAACACCCAUGUUAGGAGAGACUUAAAAAUGGAAGACGGUAACUUCACUCUAGACUGUUUCCUGGAGAGAGUCAUGAUGAAAUCUCUCCAAAGUAAAACUGGGCAUCUAGACAUGUUUGUUCGCUUCAUUCAUGGCCUUUCUCUGAAGUCAAACCAGAAGCUCCUGGGAGGCCUUGUUGAUCAAACAGAGAACAGUCCAGAGAACAUCUAUAAAAUCAUCAACAACCUGAAGAAGAUGAACACCAAUAAAAUGUCUCCAGAUAGAAGCAUCAACAUCUUCUACUGUCUGAUAGAGAUGAAUGAUCUCUCAAUUCAACAGGAGAUCCAGGAGUUUCUGAGGAUGGAGAACCGAUUAGAGAGGGAGCUCUCAGAGAUCCACUGCUCGGCUCUGGCCUACAUGCUACAGAUGCUGGAGGAGGUUCUGGAUGAGUUAGACCUGGAUAUGUUCAACACAUCAAAGGAGGGGAAAAUGAGGCUGAUCCCAGUGGUGAGGAACUGCAGAAAGGCUCGCCUGGUCGGCUGUCGCCUCUCGGAGACCCACUGUGAAGUUGUUGCCUCGGCUCUGAUGUCCAGCCGCUCCCAGCUGGUAGAACUGGACCUGACUGGAAACGUCCUGCCUGGCCCAGGAGUGAAGCUCCUAUGUGACGGACUCGCAAGUCCAUACUGUAAACUGAAGACACUGAGACUGAGAGGCUGCAGGCUGUCAGAAAUCAGCUGUGACAGUCUGGUUUCUGCUCUCAUGUCAAACCCUUCUCAUUUGAAACAUCUGGACAUGGGUCUGAACAAUAAGCUGCAGGAUUCUGGCAUGAAACUGCUUUGUGCCUUUCUAGAAAAUUCAGAAAGUAGACUCAAGACACUCAGAUUGCUAGAAUGUAGCUUAACUGGAGUAGCCUGUGCUUAUUUGGCCUCGGCUCUGAAGUCCAACCCCUCCCAUCUGACACAUCUGGACAUGAGUGGGAACAACCUUGAGGACUCAGGUGUGAAGCACCUGUGUGCUUUCAUGGAGACUCCUAACUGCAAACUGCAGAAACUGAGUCUGUGGGGCUGCAGGCUGUCAGGAACCAGCUGUGCUUCUAUAGUCUCAGCCCUAAACACCAACCCGUCUCUUCUGAAGCGUCUGGAUCUGAGAGACAACAACCUGCAGGAUUCAGAUGUGGAGCAGCUGCUGGAUCUGGUGGAGAGCCCACAAUUCAGACUGCAAAGGCUGAGGUGGAAAUGAUUAUCCUUGUACAGAUGAAAAGGAGGCUAAAAUGGACAGUCGACUGACAGGAAAGACUUAUUUAGUUUGUGUGUUUAUGUGAACCAUUUUUUUAUAUACUUGUGGGGACCUAUUCUGUCUACACUGUGAGGUUGUGAGGAUCACUGCUUCAGGGGUUAAACUGUAGAAAUGAAUGGAAGUCGAUGUAAAGUCUCCACAAGACACAAAAACAUGACUGUGUGUGUGUGUGUGUGUGUGUGUGUGGCGGUAGUAGCUCUACUGCAUCUCACAAUGUGUCAUAGAUGCUGCCCGUUAAUAUAUUUGCAUUGUUCCUCUGAUCCUGAAGUUGCUCUGUCAGAAAUGCUAACGCUGAAGGUUGA